AUGUUAGUUAAGUUUGAGACUAUUAUUGAUAUGCAAAUUGCUGGCGGGAAAAUGACUGAGGCGGAAAAAAAUCAAGCCCAAGAACUUUGCUCACUAUUUAAAACUCAUACUAAAGAAGGAAAUCUUUUUGCUAUUGCUGGUUUUGCAGAUGGGUUUUUUGAAGCUUUUCCUGAGGACGAGAAAGCUAAAAUUUUCCCUGAUGACAAUGGCUUAACCUACGAACAAUGA